UGUACUUCCCCCGCUGCCUCUCAGCUCUGGUACAGCUCGUACACCGGUGUGGUUACAGGGGGAUGGAGUAGCGUUAGAUGAAGGAAGGCAUGGAUCCCAUUGAAGAAAAAUCAAGCAAAACAGUGGACAUAUAUCGCGAUACAUGGGUCCGCUUCCUAGGCUACUCCAAUGAGGUGGGAGAGGCUUUUCGGGCGCUGGUGCCGUCGAGUUUUGUGUGGGGCAGCUAUGCUGUGGCCACUGCAUACGUCACUGCUGAUGCUGUGGACAAAGGGAAGAAAGCAGCUGUGGCCCACGGGGACAACCCGGGGAGGACAACGCGGGUAGCGGUGGCGGUGGUGGACACGUUCGUGUGGCAGGCCCUUGCCUCUGUGAUAAUCCCGGGCUUCACCAUUAACCGCGUGUGUGCUGCGUCACUAUACCUGCUGGGCAAAAGCACCAAGUGGCCCCUUACUGUCCGCAAGUGGACCACCACAGCAAUAGGCCUCUCUACAAUCCCCUUCAUCAUCACUCCUAUUGACAGGUCGGUGGAUUACCUGCUGGAUUCCAGCCUUCGGAAGGUCUACAAUGAGGAAGAAAAGCACAAAUAAAAAAAUUAAUAAAAAAGGGAUCAUGCAGGUGAAAUGGUCCUCUCCGUGUCAGGGACCAGUCCAGUCAAAGCAGACCGGUGCUGAUUAUUCCACACUGUGAAGCACUAAAGAAAUGUGAAGAAGGAUUUCAUGGAGCUUGACUCUACGGCCAGUCCAAGAUAGAGACAUACAAUUGAUUUCAUUUAAAAAGUUUCUAACUUUUUCAACAGUAAGUUAAGUUGUUUAAAAUGAAAUCCUUCUUCUUUGAGGAUCCUUAAAUUUAACCCCACAGGGCAUUCUGGGUAGUGACACCAGGAGUUAUAAGCAGGGAUAUAACCGUAUUAAAAGGAAUAAAAAGUCAGCUUUAUACAGUGAAAUCCUUGUUAAAGAAUUCUUUGGCAGAAAUAUAGUUAGAAGCACUAUAGUAGAGUGAUGUUAUGUCCUGUGAUCCUCCUCAGACAAACCCUGCCUACACUGUAGAGUCUUCACCUCAUGUCCAGGAGAUAUCCACUCCUCCUGUGUUUGUUAGCCAUAUUCAGUAGUACUGUAAUGACAGGCGCAAUAACCGUCUCUUCCAUUGCUCACUUCAAAACGUCUUCAGCUGUAUUCUUGUUUUUUUCUAUACAGAGAUGUCUGUCACUUGGAACAAGCCGUUCCAAGAGAUGCACUUUUACAUGGUUUCAUUCUAUCGUAUUGUUAAACAUGUGAGCCUGCACUCCCUGCAUCUUUCUCACCGUGGUUACAAUCUAUUUUCUCUAAAUGGUUUACGGGUCUGUUCAAAAUUAUUACUCAGUUUAAGUCUUCUCAUCUUUUACAUUUCUCUGAAAAUCUUCACUGUGUCUAGUUUGAAAAUGUUAUCUACACAAGAUUUGUUAUUUAAAACUGUCUUUUCUGCAUCAGGAGUCCACAUGUUGUCAUUAGUGUUGUAGUACUCGAAAUCGGUCUUGCUCUCAAGCCACUUGUGUAGACCUAGUCUCUGUCUCGUCUCGACAUCGAAAGCAUUUUAACUUGGUCUUGUCUCAGUCUCAGACUGGGUGGACUUGGAUUUUAAAUCAAGACCUCUCAAGACCACCACUGAUAGGCUUCUUUCAUUACUGUGAUUAGAAGGAAAAUGCCCCUUUCUAAAAGAACUAAUAAUUGAUAUGAUAUUGAUAUUUAUGGCCGUGGUCUUGACUUGGUCUCGAUCCCUAAAUGUCUUGGUCUUGUCUCGGUCUUGGGUAUGUCUUUGUCUUGGUUGGUGUGUUCUUGACUACAACGCUAGUGUUGAUUAUGUUUGGCUCAAGAUAAAAUGGUGACAUCAUUUAAAAAAAACUGUUAAAAAUAAAUAUAUAUAGCUAAAUCCUUUGAGUUUGAAACUUUACACAUAAAAUCAAGCUUUAAACACGUUUCCCUCCUCGAUGCAGAAGAGUAGAUGCAAUUUAUUUUUCUCUAAGACGUCGAGGUCAGUGUCGUUCAAAUGCAGGAAAGGGAUUAUUUUAGAAAUACUCAGAUGAUUUAUAUUUAUAUUAUUUGAAGAGCCAUAAAACUGUAUAUAGUGUAUCUCAUCUUGAGCUAUGCAAGGGAAAGAAUUUGUUGUGUUAAACAUGAGCUCCACAAACUUACGGGAUUGUUGACACACUUUAUAAAAGGCUUGUCGUUACAUAACGGUUAAAUGUGGGGACGUGAGAAGGAAAAUCUUAUGCAAAUAAAUAGGAGCUUAAAAUUGGGAUGGGCAGUCACAAAGGCAACGAGGGACGCCCUGCAUUGGGAAUGGUUACCAUUUCACAUGAUGGAGUAUGUAUACACAAAUGUAGCAUUUUUGCAAUACUUAGUGUAAUGUUUUAGUGUUUCACUGUCUUCUCUGUCCUGAGACGGACCUGGUUCACUUUGUCAUAAUGAUAAAGAAGAGUGUGGUAAAAUGGGUUGUAGCUAUGCUCAUGGUUUGACUUAUGUAUCUAACAGUAUAGGAUUUUUUUUAAAUAUUGGAAACACGCCUGCUCAAAGCUCUGAUGUGUGAGAGAUGUUAUUCUCACCUUGUUUAAAGAACAGUCUCUUUCAUGACUAUUUGUCAUGGAAAAGAGCAAAUGUAAUAACAAAGGUGCCAAAGUCAAACAUCUUGAUAAAGUUUCUUCCCUGUCAGCCAUGCCAGUGAUUUAUUGUGCAUAUGACCAUGACCCUGGAUCUUUGACUCCUAAAUAUAAAGCAACAACUAUUAAUGUUACACAUUACACUGUGUGUCACAUGUUACAGUCGGCAAUGAGGAAGGCAUUUAGAUGCAGCCCUAGUGAUAAAAUAAAAUAUUCAUUGUCAAUUUGAACAUUUCAUACUGUAUGUCAUUGUUGUUUUUGUUGUCUUAGCUACAAGUAGAAACCACUCGUUUACCCUUCUCAACAUUUCUGUCACAUUUUCUUCAGCGCCAUUAUGUUCAGAUGUGGGUUUUAUGAGUCACUUUUUCAGCUUUAAUUGGGUAAAAAAAAAAAAAAAAACGGCAUCUUUCUUCUGCUUACUGUUGUUCAUAAGGUGAAGGUUAUUUUUCAAGUGUCAAAAACAGUGUUUAUGCUGACGCUUUGUUCCUUACAGUGGACAUUUUAUCUUCAGCACUUCUCAUUUUCUGUAAGAACAUAAUGAAACACUGGAGAUUAAAAACAUUGUAAAUCUGUAGUGAAAUAAACGAUGGAACUAUGAGCCUGCCUGGAUUUUCUUUCCAAAAACACAAAUCACACCUUUAAAAACAUUUGGUCCGUUUCACACGUAUACGUUCACAUGAGGAACUUGCGAAGUAGAUUUUCUCCGUUUCAUGUCAUUUCCAACAUUUAUCUUUUACCACAAAUCAUGGACAGCAACCUAUUUUAGCUUUAGGGAAAAGUGAUCAGCUCAGUAUGUGUGUAAAAAAAUGGUUUAAUUAGAACACCUUUCACAGUGUGAUCUCAUGUGGCAGAGUAACUACUUCGUCUUUUUGCAGGCACAGUGUCUUCUUCCUGAGUAAAAACCUGCCAUCAUCAGAUGAACGGUGUUUUUCAAGGAAAAGUCAAACCAAUGAAGGAGAGCCACUCAAGUCAUUUCUCCUGAUUGAAUCAGGAGGCCACAGCUGAGGCCAAUUCCGUAGAUGAACGUGAGCACAUAAAAAGCUUCCAAAAUCAGAGCAGGCAGGUGCAGUGAUGUUUGUUCUCAUUUUUGUGUUCUUGGCUCUGUUGGCCACAUCAUCAUCAUCAGCUCAACCAGGGUUUCCUCGAUAUGUCCAGGGCCGGUGGGUUAUCGCUGAUGAGAAGCCAGCGUAUGAAGAAACAGAAGAACAAUCACAGGCAGUAGAGGAUGCUGUAUGGUCCAACAACCUCAUGGAAGAUGUUCAACUGGUGACACCAAGUGACCAGGACUUGCAGACCACUCCAGACUCAAGUGCUACUCAAGCACAAGAAACAGAAGAACACUCACAGGCAGUAGAGGAUGCUGUAUGGCCCAACCCCAACAACAACCCCAUGGAAGAUGUUCAACUGGUGACACCAAGUGACCAGGACUUGCAGACCACUCCGGACUCGAGUGCUAUUCAAGCACAAGAGUUGGAUAAAGUAGAAAAAACUGCUGCGUGGAAAGUCGUCCUGGUUGUAAGCAUCCUGUUGGUGUCUCUUGUGGGAUCUGUGAGCAUGGCUUAUUAUUAUUGUGUCUGGAGGGGAGGCAGGAUUCACUAUCAGGCUCAGAAGGAGGGCUUCUCCUAAAAUAAAGUACCCCCUGAGUAAAAACCUUA